AUGUUAAAUAUCGUAGUAUUUUGCUUCCUGUUGACCGUUUAUGCCACAAUCGAUGAUGAAUCUGAUUUGAUGAUGGUAUUUUUGGUACACAGACAUGGAGACAGGACCCCGACAUUGUCCACAAUAAAGUACAGCCCUGACCCUGUGACCCUGGUCAACUUGACCAAACCGUAUGGAUAUGGUCAACUAACAGAAAAAGGUAAACGUCGCUCCUACAAAUUGGGUGAAUUCAUUCGAAAAAGAUACGAUAAUCUAUUGGGCGAUCAAUAUAACUCGUCGAACGUCUACAUUCGAUCAACCGACUUCACCAGGACUAAGAUGACUAUACUGACGGCGCUGGCUGCUGUCUAUCCCCCGGGGCGCAAGAAAUGGAGCGACACAAUACAUUGGACUCCUGUGCCUUAUACCACAGUGCCUGUUAAAUAUGAUUUCAUAAGUAUAAAUUCGUCUCUCCCAAAAUAUAUAGCGAAAUUGAUGCCUCAAAUGCAUAAAGCUGCUACUAAGGCUCUUGAUGUUAUGUUUGAAGGUGUAAAUGCAUCUUUGGAAGCAGGCGUCCUCUUAGAAGAAUUCUUGCAUUACUCCAGUCUUAUCAUAUCUGGAAUUGACACAGAAAAAGUGAGAAUAUACUCAGCCCACGACUACAACGUAUACGCUUUCCAAAUCGUCACACGAGCGUCACCGAGGCAGGGAGUUCCGAAAUUCGCUUCAGCUUAUGCCUUAGAACUUAGGAGAGUGAAGAGUACUGGACAAUUUUUAGUGUUACCCGUGUAUUUACCACAGCCCGACGAAGAAUUGGUCUAUUUGGAAGUGAAGGAUUGCGGAAAACUAUGUGAUUAUAACAUGUUUGUAUCAUUAACUAAGGGUGAUGCUUUGGAUUACGACAUUUGGCAUGAGAAGUGCGGUUUCCAUGAAGAUUUCCAUGUGGAUACGUCUGAAUAA